AUGACCAAAAGUGACGUUGAAAAGAAUGAUACCCAUGUUGAGCACCUCGACCACAUGGAGGAUGGACUCAAAACUAGCCCUCAGUAUGAUCGAUUUGGGUCUGCAGCAAAGAUCGAUCCAAAAGAGAUCGCUCUUGUCAAAAAAAUUGACUGGCAUAUGAUGCCCAUCCUCUGGCUGAUGUAUUUUCUCAACUUUCUUGACCGGAACGCCAUGGUCAACGGGAAGCUCAAUAGUUUGACGAAGGAUCUCAAUUUACACGGAAAUCAAUACAAUACUUGCGUUAGCAUAUUGUUCGUUGGCUACCUAGCCGGACAAAUCCCUUCGAACAUGUUACUCAAUCGCAUCAAACCCGCCUAUUUCAUGGCAGGAUUUAUGCUGGCUUGGGCAAUCGUCUCCACCUUGACAUGUCUAGCCAAAGACUACCAUGGAAUGCUGGUAUGCAGACUCGUCCUCGGCUUCGUGGAAGCACCCUUCUACCCAGGCGCCCUGUUCAUGAUUGCCCAAUUUUACACUCGCAAGGAAGCACCGACACGAAUGGCUAUUCUAUACACCGGAAACAUGCUGGCCAGUGCAUUCUCCGGGCUCAUCGCCGCUGGAGUAUUUGCUGGACUCGAUCAGAAACACGGACUCGCUGGAUGGAGGUGGCUUUUCCUCAUUCAAGGAGUUGCCACUGUUGCAGUGGCCGGUUUAUCGGUCUUUCUCUUGCCCAAUUCACCACUACAAACUCGGUGGCUCACCCCUGAAGAGCGUCAAAUGGCACACGACCGCAUUGCACGUGAUACGACAGAGAAGAAGGAGGGCACUAGUACCUGGAAGGGGCUCCGAGAGGCGUGCUCUGACUAUCGGACUUGGAUCUUUGCUAUCAUGUGCAAUCUCCACUUGUCUGCAAAUGGAUUCAAGAAUUUCAUGCCUACUGUUGUGAAAACCCUCGGCUUCAACUCUACUAUUACACUGGUUCUUACCUGUCCACCGUAUCUGAUUGCUACAUUCACUUCCGUUGCGGUUUCGUGGUCAUCGGGCAGAUUCAACGAACGAACCUGGCAUAUUACAAUCUCCAAGGCGCUUGCAAUUGUUGGAUUUGCCCUUGCAUGUGGAACUUUGAAUAUUGGUGCCCGCUAUUUUGCCAUGAUCCUCUUUGUAGGAGCUACAUAUGGUGUGAAUAACAUCAAUAUUUCUUGGGUGGCCGCUACUGUUGGUCAGACGGAUGAGAAGAAGGCAGUGGCUAUCGCCCUCACAAACACCCUGGGUAAUAUUGCAAGUGUCUACACCCCUUACUUGUGGCCUGAUAGUGAUGCGCCACGCUUUUCGUUGGCUAUGUACUGCAGCAUUGGGUUCUCGGCCGGUGUUGUGAUUCUGGCUUGGGUUAUGAGAGUGAUCCUCAUGAAGGAAAACCGGAAGAUUCGUGCGAUCGACUCGGAAGUGAUCAAUCUUUAUGCAUACUGA